CGUCGGACGUCGGCUCCAUAUGCAAAGUUUCGUCAGGUUCAAACGGAAAAUCUCGUUAAGGCGGCGGCGGCGGUCACGGAAUUUUUGAUAUCUGAGAAAAGAGAGAGCUUCGACGCGGGGCUUAAAUCGCCGUGCUUAUCGGCCGCAACGCCUCCCGGCCUGGGUUCACGCGCGAAACACUUUUUAUUUUAUAUUUUCCUUUUUCUCUGCCAUCACGUUCCCUCGAAUCGUGCUAUCUCCUUCAUUUUUUUUCGAUUCCCUCCGCUCUAGCUGUUUCUCACUUUUUAUUACAUAUCGCCUUCUCGCUCGUAUCGAACACUCGGAGAAACAUUCGCACAGUGUUUUGAGAAAAAAGAGAAGAAAAAAAGCCCAUCCUCUCGCUCUUGCCGUUCGAAAACACACUCUUUCGCCACGUCACGUGGCAACUGAGUUUUAAAUAAUAAAAGAAAUUUAGAACCUUCGUGUGAUACUGGCAUCUCUAAAAGUGACGCGAGUUAUAGAUCCCACAGCUCGAUGUUGGAGUGUGCUAAUGUUUUAUAAUAGUAUGCAGUUCGCGUAUCGUUACACGUGGAAUCGCGAAAUAAUCGUAAACUCUCAGAAAUUGGUGAAAAGACGUUGAUUGGAUUGGCACAGCUAACGCCGACGAUCGUUGCGAAGGAAUUACUGAGCGUCGCCUUGUUGACCUUGUACCACUGUCGCACGUCAAAGAUAAUACGAUCGCGGCGCAACAACUCCAUCACGAUAACUGGUAUUUCAUCAAAUUCUCAUCACUCUCCCUCGCGCCAGCUGAUUAUUGAUAAUACCGUUCGAACAUUGGCCAAACAACGUCGAUUAUGGCGAUGAUGCGUUACGCCGAGCCGUUCUCCAAUUGGUUGGAGGAAAAGAUCGAGUUGCCUAUAUUCGAAGAAUUACCGGCGCCAGAAUGCGGACAGAACAAGCCCAUCGUGUACGCCGGUGCUCCAAAAACGCACGUGCAACAAGAAACCACUCAAACGUUGCUCCAAGAGUUCGAGAGUGUCCUUGGAGACGUUGAGGCAUGCCAUCAAAUUUUUCCUCCCGUCAAUUCGGCUCUUACACCGCCACAAUCACCACCGCCAUCACCACCAAACAAAAUCAACGGUAUCGAUACGCAACUGCUCGUAACUCUACAACCGGUGUUGCAAACACCACUUUAUCCAUGUCCCCGCAUAAUACAACAGCAGCAGCAACAACAACAACAGACGAUCGUUGAAACGCCACAGACUAACGCUUCUUCUUAUCUCGGGCAAAUAUCAGGCGAAUGGAACGCCGAAAAUGUCUCGCUGGUACCGUUGCGAGACGUUGCCAGCGAAUUGGCGGCGGUCGAUGAAUACGUGCGCUCUUGUGCCGAGGAAAUAGCGCCAUCGAGCCCAUGCACCAGUUCCGGUGCCAGUUAUUUCUCAUCCGAGGAUUCAUCCAGUCCGGACGAUCCCGAUUGGACCGGGGAAUCGAGCGGCAGCUCAUACACCAAACAACGUACUUCUCGUUUAACGAAAAAUCGUCAUAAGCCAUACUCCCGACCGUCCGUUGAAGACAAAAAAGUACGCAAGAAGGAGCAGAACAAGAACGCGGCGACGCGUUAUCGACAAAAGAAAAAACAGGAAAUCAAAGAGAUUGUCGGUGAAGAGCAAGAACUAGUCGAUCACAAUGUUAAACUCAAAGACCAGGUUAAAGAGCUCAAUCGAGAGAUCGGAUAUUUGAAAGGUCUUAUGCGCGAUUUGUUCAAAGCCAAGGGUCUUAUGAAAUGAUCGAAAUUUCUAAAUUUUCGUCGCUCUGCUACGCAGUACUUGGCUCGUUUUUAAUCAUUUUUUUAAAUUCUAACAUUUUUAUUUUAUCGUAUACGUAUAUUUACGAAACUGUUAUGAAAUAAUUGAUGAUGAAACACCAACCGUGUUUCCCGUUGUAUGAUUUUGGUAAUACGAGUUUUUAACCGUUCCCCAUGUUCGCCGUCUCAGCUGAUCGUUCUCGCUCGUCCCGUACUUUUUUGUCGUUCGUGUUUCCCCACUUGAGAAUCAAGACUAUAUCGUCGAUUUUACAUCCAAUCGUACCUUUUUACAUCUUACUUUCUUUUCUCUGCCCUCCCUUCUUGCUCCCCUCAACAUCCACCAAGCCUGGAUAUGAUACUUAACACAUGUGCUCGACGACCUUAUCCACGGAAUAUUGAAACUCGGGUGUGCGAUCUUAUGAUACUUUUACAAGUGGAAACCUGUCGUCACACCUGUCCAUUCCGUCGACGAGAUCUCAUCACGUAUAUGGAAAAUCGGGUCUCCUCAUUCCAAAUUAUUUUAACAAUCAACAAUUUAUAAUAUUUUCUUAAGACAAUGGUACAAUUAUCAUAAAAAAAAAAAAACAAAUGAAAAAAUAAAGAAUGUAUUGAGUUGACCGAA